AUGUCCGAAUAUUUCUUUUUCAAAUUUUCUACUGUUUUAAUGUUUACUUUUAAAAAUUUAAAAUGACAAAUAAUAAAGAGACAGAUAUUAAAUCCCUAUAUACCAAAAUUCCAAUUUUAACUUGUCCUGAUAAUGUAACUUUACCCGUUCCUCCUGAACUUACUGCAGAACAGGAAGAAAAAUUUAGUAAAGUCAGAGAAUACGUAGAUAGCAUUUUACUCCCAAAGGAAGAUGAUCGUUAUCAAGAAGAAAAAAAUUGGGCAUCUGAUGCUUGCUUAAAACGUAAUUUGCGAGCAGCUAAGUGGAAUUUAACAGAUGCAAAGAAUAGAAUAAAAUAUAGUCUAGAAUGGAGAAGAGAAUAUAAACCUUCGGAUAUUGAUCCUAAAACGGUUGAAGCAGAGGCUGUUACAGGUAAACAACAUUUAAAUGGAUUUGAUAAUAAUGGUCGCCCAAUUUUUUAUUUGAGACCUGGAUUGGAGAAUACUUUACCUGGUCCUGAUCAAUUACGCUUUGUAAUAUUUAAUUUCGAAAGCGCAAUUACAAUAAUGCCGGAAAAUGUAGAAAACAUUGUAAUUAUUAUUGAUUUUAAUAAAUGUACCGCUCGAAGUAGUCCCGGUUUGGGAGUUGCUAAAGAAUUUAUGCAUGCCUUGAGUUCUCAUUAUCCUGAACGAUUAGGAUAUUCUUUGAUUAUUAAUGCUCCUUGGUAUUUUUGGGGAUUUUUUAAAUUAUUAUCUCCCUUUAUUGAUCCCGUUACAAAAAACAAAAUUAAGUUCGUAGAUAUACAUAAUCCUGGUAAAACGGUUCAAAACGCCCAAUGGGUUAAUUGUUUAGAUUUUAUUAACGAAAAUCAAUUAGAGUCGGAGUAUGGCGGAUCGAACGCUUUUGAAUAUCAUCAUGAAACUUAUUGGAAAACUUUAUGUGAAAGAAUUGGAAAAUCUCCGUACUAAGUUUAUUAGUUUAUGCAUAUAAUACUAUAUUUAAUGAUAUUUUUAAUGAGUAAUUUAGCCAGUUAGUAAUUAUGUUGAUUUAAGAUUACAUCAAAGCACGUGACUUAUGAUAGUUUGAUAAUGUUCUGUAUAAAUAUUUGAGCUUCAGAGUAUCUUCAGUUCAAUUCUCCAUUUAUUGAAAU